AUGACUAAAAAUAUAAUCACUCUCGCUAAUAUUGCUGCUAAUAAUCCGCCAUGUGUGGAUUUCCCUGAAGAUGUCCAAUGGACUGAUUUCCCAGAAAGACAACGUAGAACAAUCGUCGAAUGUCUAAUGGUCACGCAGAAUAACAUGAAGUAUGGGAAGUCCUACGAACAUAUCCCUUGUAAGUUUUUCAAAAAGGGAAAAUGUCAAGCUGGGAGAACUUGUCCUUUCUCUCAUAAAUUAGAUUAUGAUGAAGCUUGUAAAACUCCAUGUUCGUUUUAUUUGAAGGGGGAAUGUAAAUUUGGAGAUAAAUGUGUGAAUUUACAUGAAAAGGUACCAAAUAUUAUUAAUGGGAAGGAAUCGCUAGUCUCAAAUCAAACACAAUUUAAGAAAAUUAAUGGUAAUGGUAAGACCGGUAAACCAAAAACACCAACAAAUGACACUAAUUACAUAAUUUCGCAAGGGAAAUCAGUUCAAAAUAAUUCAGCUAAUGCAGAAUUGGCAUAUAAUGAUUAUACAACUAACAUGCCAAGAGGCCAUGUUGGGCCAGGUAAUGAACAGAUUAGUCAAGAGACUGCUCCUGUUUCUUCCUCGGAAUUUGCUAUUCCUCAUACUGGCAGAAACAAUUUUGCAAAUUCAACUCCAAGACAAUAUUCUAAGGGAUAUCCUAUUGUAACUUCAUCAUUGGAUCUAGAGUAUUCAAAUAUUUCACCAGACUUGGCUAAUUCUAUUUCAAAUCCGGUAUACAAUUCAUUUGCUCAACCUGAAGGUUUCCCUGUUUGGAGUAAAAGGUCAGGUGAACCAGUGGUUGGAGCUAAUAAUACUCAUGGUAAGACUAAUUACUAUAACACGAACUAUUAUGAUUUUAACGAACCUAUUACUCGUCCAUUAUAUACUACUCCAACAAAUCUUUAUGACGGUAAUUCUAAUAUGAGACAACCAAUACCACUCGCUGUUGAAGAUGUCAAAUACUUCAUUAAUUGUGCCAACAAAAAUAACACUAAUAAUAAUCAGCACAAUUGA